GACAGAAGGACAGCAAUCGGCAAGCGGCUGCCUCCUCUUCUUUGUCUUCUUCCACUCCUCCGCUGUUUGUAGAGACACUGCGAUGGAGACGUCUGGCCUGAGGAGGACUCAGUCCCUCAAGAGUCUCUCCGGGACCCAGGAACGAUCAUGGGUCGCAUCGUCGACGGCAAGCUGGAACAGGAAGUCUGUCUCCCAGCUGGUGCAGCAUUACCAAAGCUGUGCAGACCUAAGGAGUUCAGAAAAAGCAGAGCAAGGAUUUGAGGAGUCAGUAACCUGUGUGGACAGUCGUUGGAAGAGGCCGGACAGCAGGGACUCUGGGAGCUUCUGGACUACUCUGUCCAGGAGUCGCUCCAUGGACUUCCUCCCGCAGAGAGAGACUUCUGGCACCAGAGCUCUGCGGGCGCUGUUCGAGUCCAAGGCCGGCCGGCAGCAGGACGACCACAGCGGCCUCUGGCCAAACUCCCCGUCCUCAAACGUUGGUAAAGCAGCUGGAGACUGUCCUCUGCAGGACUGGAGGAGCUACAACACCUCUCCCAAGGAAAGUACGAUUCAGAGAACGACCCAGGUGGAUGGCCGAAAGGCUCCGAAGGGCCUCCCAGAGAGUCACAGACACACGUCCAGACACGCACAUGAUGAUAAAUAUAAUCCAUCACUGACCAAAGGAGGCAGUUCAACAGGACAAUCCAGAGACAGGAUAUCUACUUCCUCCUCAGUCAAAGACAGACUGGCUCUAUAUCUGUCGAGAACAGCAGCCAUUGACUCGGUGGGCGGAUCAGAGCAGCCACAGGAAUUCAGAGGAACUCCGCGAACAAAGGCUAAAACCAGCAAGAUGGCUGACGCAGAAAGGAAAAUCACAGUUUCACAACCAUUUCAUGAGGAAGAUGACUUACCUCCUCCUCCACCUCCUCCUGUCCCACCCAGACCCUUUGACUAUGAAGGACCAAUGACUCUGAGUAGCCUCCCUUUGCCUCCACCUAAGGAAACCUUCUCCACGUUCUACCAGCAACGGCAGAUAAAUGAGCUGAAGAGGCUCUACAAACAUAUCCACCCCAACCUGCGAGCAAGUCUUGACGACGCUGUCGAUGAUGAGGUCAUGCAAGCAGUGCAGGCAGAAAACACUCAGGCAGCAGACGCAGCUUAUCAGGGAGAAGUUCAGUCCAUGAGGUGGAUCUUUGAAAACUGGACCCUCGACAAUAUCGGAGGUCCUCACGAAACGAAGAAACUCUUGGAUACAGAGGAAUUAAAAGGCGGAGACGUCAGGAGCACCUCUACCAUGUUUGAGCACGUUGACAGCACCCAACACAUGGCGACUAAAAGACAAACGUCCGUCAGAGGGGAUGUGAGAACGUCCACAUGGUUGUUUGAAACCCAACCUUUAGAUGCUCUAAGUAAAUCCAAAGCUGGCGAAGGUGAACUGGUAGAGGCCCUUCUGAAAGAACCCAUUCAGUCUGGCGAUGUAAGAGGGACUCGGCUUCUUUUUGAGUCCAAACCACUGAGCUACUUGGGCCGGUGCAAUUCCAUUGAAGACUGCAGUGUCCUGAAACUGAAAUCUGAGCUUCAGGAGCAGAGAGGUGACGUCAGGAAAACCUUGAAGCUGUUUGAGACAGAACCUUGCUGUGCCAUUAGAGACAACAGCGGCAAUAUCCACGAGAUUAAAUCCAUCUGUAGGGAGGAGAUCAAUAGUGGCAAACUCAACACUGCCCGGUGGCUUUUCGAAACCCAGCCUUUGGACACGAUCAAUAAAGGAAGCGAUGGAGUGAAAAUCAUCCGGGGUAUAUCGCUGGAGGAAGGGCACAGAAAAGGAGUCGACCAGAAAAGGUGGAUGUUUGAAACUCAGUCUUUUGACACCAUUACAGAAGUCUCAGGAGUGGAUGCGUUUCAUGGAGUGGAUGCCGGCAACUCAGAAGAAGCUAAUGUUGUCAACAAAAAGAAGUUGUUUGAGAUGCAACCCAGGGCAGCCCUCGGAGGAAACUCUCUAGAGAGAGAAGCAAUCAUUGGGGGAGAUGUCAAGACUUCAAUGUGGCUGUUUGAAACUCAGCCCAUGCAGGCGCUCAGUGACAGCUGCAACGCGGGGCGUCUGAAGAAAAUCAGUCUGUCAGCUGAAGAGCAAGGGGAAGUGAAAGGCAAAAAGCUCAAGUUUGAAAAUGCCAGCUUUCAAAAGAAUACUUUGUUCAAACAGCAAGAGAUUGAAAAGGGGGAUGUGACGGGGUUCAAGCAACUUUUUGAGACGAUCCCCUUAAGUCAAAUUGCUCAGCUGGAACAGGAAAUGGCUGAGAGGCAGGAAACCAACAAGGCAGUGAUGGAAACCAGCCCUCUAUAUGCAAUAAAAGAUAGUUCUGGAAACCUUCAUGAGGUCACAAUAGUCAGCCGGGAGGAAUUCAUCAAGGGGAAAGUCAAAAACUACAAGUGGAUGUUUGAGACCAAGCCUUUAGAUCAGCUGGCAGAUGGAAAAGAUGUUGAGAUUAUCAAAGGCAUCACCAGACAGGAAGACUCUACAGGUGAUGUUAAGACAGCAAAGUGGCUUUUUGAAACCCAGACCAUUGAUGGAAUCCACUGCAAAUUCAACAAAACAGAACAAAGCUCUUCGGCUGAAAAGGAGCCUUGCAAAGGUGACGUCAAGACCUGCAAAUGGUUGUUUGAGACACAACCGAUGGAUAUGUUGUAUGGCAAAAUGAAAAAAACCAAGGAUAAAGACGCUGUCGACACAGAUGUCAAGUCUAUGACUUGGCUUUUUGAGUCACAACCCUUGGACACCAUCAGAGAUGGUGAGCCGAACUUGAAGCUGUGCAGCACUAAGAGGGACUCUGUCAAACCAGAGGUUGCUGUUCAGACAGUCAAGCAUCUAUUCGAAACAGAAACUUUGGAUAGGAUAAAAAAAGAGUCAAAUUCAGAACAAAACUUGAGAUGCAUCAGUCAGGUCAACUUUGAGUCAGGAGAUGUGUCACGUGUUAAGGAACUUUUUGAGUCCCAAUCCCUUGAUGAAAUUGGGUCAGAAAUCAUAUCAACAGCUGAGAGACAGAAGCAAGGUGAACACGUUGAAAAAGGUUCAGUGCAUAAAGUUACAUGGAUGUUUGAGAACUGUCCUAUGAACCAGAUUAAUAGAGACCAAGAUGAGCAUGGAGCGAGGAUGGAGGCAGUUGGAGUUCUUGAGACUGGAGAUGUUCAAAACAAAAGGUUCAUCUUCGAAACCUCUUCACUGGACAAAAUCCAAAAAGAACCAAUUGAGGGGAAGUCAAUGUCGGUGCAAGACCUCAUGGGCAAUGUUGAUGUGAAAUCCAGCACCAUGAUGUUUGAGUCCUUGCCUCUCUAUGCCAUCAGAGACAAAGAAGGGCAGUUUCAUGAAGUGACCACUGUCAAAAAAGAAGAAGUCAUGAGUGGUGACGUCAGAGGAGCAAGGUGGAUGUUUGAGACAAAACCACUCGAUGCCAUCAAGGCGGAGAAUGAAGUUUAUGUGAUUCGAGCUGUUACACAAGAAGAUGUCAAGAAAGGGGAUGUAAAAUCAGCCAGAUGGAAGUUUGAGACGCAACCUCUGGAUUCCCUCACUGAACGAGAUGAACCUCCUGUUUUGGUCACUGAAGACUUUGGAGGCAGCAGUGUCCAGCUGAAUAAACAAAUAUUUGAAUCCGAGCAAUCGAGCAAAAAGUUUGUGAGAAUGGUUAGUGUCACUGAUGUGCAGCGGGGAGAUGUGAGGACCUCCACCUGGCUUUUUGAGAAUCAGACCCUCGACAGUCUGAAAGGCGAACCUCAAGAGCAGAGUCCAGUCAAAACAGUCCACAGAGAAGACAGCCAGAAGGGAGAUGUGAAGCGCUGCACGUGGAUGUUUGAAUCUCAGCCACUGGACAAGAUCACAGAGCCCAAAGAUACCUCAGCACAAGCCACCGAGGAGAUACCCAAAACGGAUGUAAAGUGCACAACCUGGCUUUUCGAGACCACGCCUCUGGAUAAAAUCACUGCCAACAGUGUGGCUGACACUCUUUCAUACCUGCAUGAAAUCAAAUUUGUCCACUCCAGUGGCAUAAUAAUAGAAGAAAACGAAAGGAGGCAUGUUAACAUGGCAAAAUACCUUCUUGAAUCCAGCAAAGGGCUGCAAAUUCAAAAAGAGGACAUUGUUGCUGGCAACAUUAGAAACAUCAUGUUGCAACUUCUGCUCAAACCAACAAUCAAGCCACAAGUUACUCUUCUGAGAGAAGUCGAAAAGGGUCAAAUCAACACCACUGUGGUGGAGCUGCCAGUCUUUGAGUCAACGACAACUGCCAACAUUGAACGAGAUCGAAGGAUACAGAACAUUGCUCAGAUGAUAGAUGACUUGCUUGUUCAGGACAAGAAUUUCAAAAAGGGAAUUAUAAUGCAAGAGACUGGAGAGGAACGAGGAGAAAUGUCAGUUUUUUCUCUAAUCUGUAAUAGUGAGAUCAAAACUGAGAGUCAUGUUAUGGAAAGGGGAGAUGUGAAAACCACAAUUGGAAAUCUCUUGGCCACUGCCAACAAUCAGAGAGCUGCAACAUUGUGUAGAGUGGAUGAAAAUGAAAAGGGCAAUGUGAAUUUAUACAAAAGCUGCAUUGAGAAAGGAGACCUUCAUUACUUGAAGAGUCUUCAUACUGAGGAAUCUGAAUUUGAAGCUGCUUGUGGCCUUUUGACAAAGGAGCAAGUUGAAACAGUUCAGGGGGGCGUGCAGGAAGCAAAGAGAAGCCUCUGCCAGCAAAAAGAGCAGGUUGAGAGAACCGUUUGUGAUGUUUUGCCAGGAGAUGUAAAGAACACCAAGAAGGUUUUCUCAUCUGAGCCCUUUGUCAGUGUCGAUUGCUGUAUUCCAAGAGAAGAAAUAAUCCCGGGAGAUGUGUCAUCAGCAAAGCAACAACUGGCUGCAAAGCAACCUGUGAUUGUGGAUAAAGAGGAAGUUGUACCUGGAGAUAUCAGGGCAACAAUGGAGUCAUUAGAGCGUGCAAAACAGCAAAGCAUGAGUGUGGAAAGAGAGAUGACAAAACCCGGGACCAUCUAUGAAAUGGACUUGUCAGCUCACUGUCCUGUAGACGAAGGAAGCCAACCACAGAAAGAGGUGAUUGUAUCUGGAGAUGUGAGAGCAGCUAAAAAGUCCCUAGAAAUGGCCAAGCAGCAAAGCAUGCAGGUGGAGCGGGAGGUCAUUGUUCCUGGAAAAAUAUACAAUUUGGGGAUGUCGGUGCAGAAGGAAAGCUCUUCGACUGUGGCACAAUCUACAUGUUCGUCUUCCUCAAGAUGCCAGAAAAUCAAGACUUAUCCACAGGUCAGUGAUGCAGAGAAGGAUCAGGAAAGCCACAUUUCCUUUGAAACUUGUCAACCAAGUGCAGUUGUAGUCAGCAAUUGUGCCCAGAAACCAAUGCCUUUAUUUAUAGGUUGUGAUUUUAAUGGUCAGACAAAGGAAGAUGAAAUAGAAGAAGUCAUUAGAGGAGAUGUGAAGGCAGCCAUUAGGUCUCUGCAGAGUGCAGCAACAGAGCAGAGGUUUGUAGAUAAGGAAAAUGUUGUGAGGGGAAAUGUGCAGCUGGCUUUGGAGUCUCUUGAGAAAUCUAGUGUAAAUGUCUCCAAGGGAGACUAUAAAGCUGCAAUGAUAUACAGAAAUUCAGGCAGGACAUGCCCAGGGACGAGCAAGACUGUUCACAAUCAGUGUGCUGUGGUGCCUAUUCCUUCAUCUGACACAACAUUGUCUCCUUCAAUUUCAGUAACCUGUGAAGGACAGCCAGGGAACCCAACACAUCUUUCACCCCAUAACCCAUUAGCAAAUGGACCCUCUAUGUCACCCAGCUUGGAAAGAGUAACCUCACCUCCACUCAUAGAAAAGAGCAAGAAACCAAAGAAUCACAAGCCAGUAUUACCGCCAAAGCCACAAUGGAUAACAGUGGAAGCAGCAAACACCUCACCAACGUCUGCCGCCAAAGUUACCUGCCCCAUUGACGACAACGUGAAUGCAGUGGUUUCUCCAAAACAAAGCCAGCAGUUUCCUAUUCAACCCACAGAAACACCAAGUGAGGAAAGGAAUGAUGGAAGAUUGCAGAGAGAUGGUGACGAAGGACCAGGUUCACAUUUGUCAAAUGAAGAUCGGCCAGUUGACGCCAACAUUCAGACACAUAACACAAAGCUCCAAACGCCACUCCCGGAGAGGAAAUGCAGCAUUCAUCAAACAAUGCCCAACAGUGACAAAAUGCAAGUAGAAAGAAAUGUGAUCCAGAAAAUAAAUGCAGCUGAGGAGAUUCAGAUGUGCAUGAAGAAUUAUGCAGAAGAUGGAAAACAGGAGGUGAACAUGAGCUUGAGGGCUGCUCUUAAGAACUUUGAAAAAAAGAACAGAGAUGAUUUGGACAAAAGAGUUUUGCCAUCCAAAAAGGUCAAAGUGAGCUAUAAUGAUAGCAGUGAUCACAGGCAAACUGGAAAUAAUUAUAUGGAGGAUCAUGAACAUGAGCGUAGCCUUCCCAGACAUCGACACAAGACUGAAGUGGAAGCAUCGCAAACCGACACGACAGGUGAAAUAAAUCAUUCACGGCAAAAUGACCCACAACAAAACAAGCAGAAACUCUGGGAUAACGUUGUUUUACGAGAGAAGAAAGUAAGAGAGACCGAGGAAGAAAGACGACAAAGACUUUCAGUCCACAAAGAUGAGAUCAUGAAAGAAAAUGCGGAGACCGCCAUGGAGAUCUUUGAUAAUCUGAGGAAACGGGAAGAACUCCAAGGAAUCCUGUGUCAGGUGCAGGAGAUCGAAGGAGAGCAGUGCAGUGUAGACGCCACCUCCCUGAAGUCAUUGUACAGCCACGUCCCUCCUUGGAUGGUCACGCCAAGAAAUGCCAAGAAGUGUAAAAAAGACGAAAAUAAAGUUGCAGAAUUACAGGAUGAUGAUCUUGAAAGCAUUUCCUCAGUUGAAAGUGCGUUUGAAGAUCUUGAGAAAGCUAGCAAGGAGAUAAUGAAGCUGAAGGAACAGACAUUAGCCAAACUCGUUGACAUUGAAGAAACAAUCAAAAAGGCACUGUAUUCUGUUUCCAGUCUGAAAUCUGAAGCCGACAUUGCAGGUUUGUCAGGACUCUUUGACGAAUCUUUGAAGUCUGAGCAAAAUUGUCAACCCGUCAAUAGCAUCAAGAAAAUAAGCAUAAUGUCAAGCAAGACCAAUCCAAGCCCGCGAAAAGAGUCACCAGAAGAGACCCAAAAUGCAAACAGUAAGCCACUAAUCAGACAGUCCUCCUCUCAGUCUUCACCAUCAUUCAUCUCCAUUCGCUCUGCAAGGAAGCCUUCUGAGCAACAAAAACAAACCAUGUCAACAUUUAAACCAGACACAAAGAGUGCUCCGAGUGGCUGCCAUGACGCAAAGCAAGAUCUGGAUUCCUCUGUUCCCGAGUCGUCAAGUAACGGUCCCAGUCAAGAACGCAAAGUCAGCGUGCUUGAAGUAAAGGCUGUCCCAGAGCAAAAUGCAGGAAUAAUUGGCACCAAGACUGUUAGCGAAACAUACGAGGAGAGCGACAGCUUCGGCAACGUGUUUGUUUCUUCUGUGACUUCCACAUUUGUAACUAAUCAGCCCGAAGGCAAAACGUCAGCUUUGUUCGAAGUAGUUGGAGGUCCUGCCAGGUAUGAGGUGACGACGUCGCCUUUAAUGCAACGAUCCGGGCGUCCGUUCAAAGAUAAAGUGUUGAGCAACGCCAAGCAGAAUGGAACAGUGUUUGUAACAUUCAGUCAACCAAAGCAAAAGAAAUAAAUGAGUGACUCAGUCUUGUAAAUUCAGGACAUUUAUUCCAUUGGUGUGUGUAUGUUGUAUUUUCAUGAAAAUAAAUUUUUUUUUGCCAAGUUUAUUAAAAAUGCUCAUUUUUAAUAGCUAAACAUUUGUUUUAUAGUUGUUUUAAUUUUUUGUACUGUAACCACCUGAUAAAGUACUUAUGUUUGU